UAACGACUCGACAUCCGCGUGAUGUUCGAUUUGACGUGUCGAAAAAUGAUUGGCUGCCUUAAGUUUUCUGUGUUCAAUAAGAAUUUAACAGUGUUGAAAUGAUCAUGACCGUUGAAAGAAGAAAAACUGAGCUUCCUUUCCUCUAUCCAGGAUAGAAUCGAGUAUAGUGAACUCGAAUGACUCGAUACUCGAUUGAGUGACACUGAUUGGGAGAAAACAAUCACUCGGGCUGAUGAAACGCACAAAGUAUGGAAUUUUCGGGCCGAUAUAUCUUGCCCAUCGACAACAUCACGGACCUGAUGAACCUGACUGAGUCCGAGUACGUGAGAUUGAUCUGGGGACCGAAGUAUCUGCCGCUGAAGCUCGUGCUGCCGGUCACCCUUGUCUACGUCACGAUCUUCGUCACCGGCGUCUUCGGCAACGUGGUCACCUGCAUCGUCAUCAGGCGAAAUCCCGUCAUGCAAACCGCUACUAAUUAUUAUUUAUUCAAUCUAGCAAUAUCAGACCUGCUUCUUUUGAUUCUCGGACUUCCCAAUGAGUUAAGCGUGUUUUGGCAGCAAUAUCCAUGGACGCUCGGAGUGGGUUUGUGCAAAAUACGAGCAUAUGUUUCAGAAAUGUCGUCUUAUGUAUCGGUGUUAACGAUAGUGGUGUUCUCGUUGGAGAGAUAUCUAGCUAUAUGCCACCCUCUACACUUAUACGCAAUGAGCGGACUGAAACGCCCUAUACGAUUUAUCUUAGGCGUCUGGUUGCUGGCCCUCAUUUUCGCGUUACCCUUCGCCGCUUACACCACCGUCAAUUACAUCGAGUAUCCGCCAAGAUCUGGCCGUCAUUCCGAGGAAUCGGCGAUGUGUGCCAUGUUGCUGCCUAACAUGCCCAACUUUCCGCUUUACGAGCUCAGCUGUCUCAUAUUCUUCCUCGUGCCGAUGUUCUCCAUAGCGGUGCUUUACGUGAGGAUGGGCCUCCGAAUACAAAACAAUGGCCUCGGGCAUAGCGUCGAGGGCUCCGUUCACGGAGAAACGAGGCAGGCUCAAUCACGAAAAGCCAUCAUCCGAAUGCUCAGUGCGGUCGUGAUAACAUUUUUUAUCUGCUGGGCGCCCUUUCACGCUCAGCGCUUAUUGUACGUGUAUCAGGUGUCGGCCUUCAGCGACAUUAAUGACUGGCUUUAUCCAUUGGGUGGUUGUCUGUACUACUUCAGCACCACCGUGAAUCCCAUUCUUUACAAUGUGAUGAGCAUCAAGUAUAGAAUGGCGUUCAAGAAAACGUUGUACUGCGCGCCAACGAGUCCCACCAUCACGAGAGACGAUCUCAGCAGUAUGAAAGAUAGUACGGUAUGCGGUUGCGGAUCCAGAAGGGAGUCCCAGAUGGUUCGCGUAAGAAGUGUGCACUACCAACGUAGCAUCAGAUGCAACGUGUCGCACGCGAGCGAGACGCACCGUUCGCCAGUGAGAUUACGUUACGACGACGAGGACGAUGACGUGAGCCCCUGCGACAUGGAGAAGACGUCCCGUGACAUCCUCAAUCCCGACGUGCAGCCGCAGAAUGCGAGAAGAUCCUUUGUCGAACAUUCGAGCAACGGCAGAACGAAAUAUCGAUUGAGUGAGAAAACGCUAGACAGCACCAUACCGAUCGUAGCGAACGAGACGUGUAUCUGAUCCUCGUCUUAUACCAUCGGGAAUAGAAGAAAAUGCUGCGGCACGAGGACCGUAAGGACCACUCGCGUCCUCGACAAGAAAUUACCGUGUCGCCUUCGCAUACACAACGAGACGGACGUGACAGAUGCCGUGCAUUAUUCUAUAUUGAAAGACAAUUUUCGCAGGACGACGCGUCGCGAUAUUCUCCCGGAAAGACGUGACCGUGGGAUUUGCAAUCAAGACGGAGAAUCUAGUUUUGUGGAAAGUUGUGUUUGAAUGACACUUCGGAAAAUCGCGACAAAGUGUCCGUGACAAACAGUAAAAUAGAACCAAGAAAAGGUUCGGCGAUAAAUCGAUUUAUGAUAAUAUUGAACUUUCAGAUUUUGCCAAGUUAAUAAAAUCCCGUAUAAUUAAAUGAAUUAAUUAACACAAAGGGCGUUGUGUAUAAAUUUGCGCUAAUAAAAGAAAUACGUACGAAUGGAGACGAUAGCUAAUGAAAUGCAUCUGAUAAAAUAAACAGAUCUUAAUGUGUGCAGUUCGAAGUGCAGAGGAUUGGAAGAAGUGCGAUGUGAUGGAAUACGUGUCAAGAAAUACGUGUCUGAUUUCGUUAAAAUUUAACGACGUUAGUAACAUCGGGCACUUUACAAUAUUCCUAAUUUUAAUAAUUUUUUAA